AUGGCGGCGCUGGUGCUGCGCGUCCUGCGCGCUGCGCUGCCGGGGCCCGCCGCGCUCGCGCUGCCCGCGCGCAGGCUGCGCACUUCCGCCCCGCGGCGCGCGUUCGCCAAGGAGCUGUUCAUGGGCGCGGUGCGCAAGGAAGAAGUUUUCCCUUUUCCAGAAAUCAGCAAUGAAGAACUAGAGGAGAUGAACCAGUUUGUAGGACCUGUAGAAAAAUUCUUCAAUGAAGAAGUGGACUCAAGGAAGAUUGAUCGAGAUGCAAAAAUCCCACCUGAAACUCUAAAAGGACUGAAGGACUUGGGUCUCUUUGGCAUGCAGAUUCCAGAGGAGUAUGGUGGCCUUGGUCUGUCAAACACCAUGUAUGCACGUCUGGGAGAAAUCACUUCUUUGGAUGGAUCCAUCGCAGUUACCCUGGCAGCUCAUCAAGCCAUUGGGCUUAAGGGAAUCCUCAUUGCUGGCACUGAUGAACAAAAAGCAAAGUACCUGCCUAGACUGGCAUCUGGGGAGCACAUUGCAGCUUUUUGUCUCACUGAGCCUGGAAGUGGAAGUGAUGCUGCGUCCAUCCAAACAAGAGCAACCCUCAGUGAAGAUGGGAAGCACUUCUUAUUAAAUGGCUCCAAGGUUUGGAUAUCGAAUGGUGGCAUUGCUGAUAUCUUCACCGUGUUUGCGAGGACAGAGGUUGUUGAUAAAGAUGGACAAUUGAAAGACAAAAUUACUGCUUUCAUCGUAGAGCGAGAUUUUGGUGGAGUCACCCAUGGGAAACCUGAGGAUAAGUUGGGCAUUCGAGGAUCCAACACCUGUGAAGUGCAUUUUGAAAACACAAAAGUGCCAAUAGAGAAUGUAAUUGGAGAAGUCGGAGGGGGAUUUAAGGUUGCCAUGAAUAUCCUCAACAGUGGAAGGUUCAGCAUGGGCAGUGCCUCUGCUGGAAUGAUCAAAAAGCUGAUAGAGCUGACAGCAGAGUAUGCCUGUACCAGGAAACAGUUCAAUAAGAAACUGAGCGACUUCGGAUUAAUCCAGGAGAAGUUUUGUAUUAUGGCUGUGAAAGCAUAUGUAAUGGAGAGUAUGGCUUACCUCACUGCAGGAAUGAUGGACAGGCCAGGCUUUACCGACUGCUCCAUGGAGGCAGCCAUGGUCAAGGUGUUCAGUUCUGAAGGUGCCUGGACUUGUGUAAGUGAAGCACUGCAAAUCCUUGGAGGCCUUGGCUAUAUGAAAGAUUACCCCUAUGAGCGGUACCUCAGAGAUACCAGGAUACUCCUCAUUUUUGAGGGAACAAAUGAAAUCCUGCGCAUGUACAUUGCUUUGACAGGGAUGCAGUACGCGGGCAAAAUCCUGACUGACAGAAUUAAGGAGAUCAGGAAAGGCAACGUGGGAGUGGCCCUGGGUGAGUUCCUGAACAAAUUACGAGACACGAUGGGCAGAAAAUUGGAUUUCGGGCUCGUGGGUGACCGUGGAGUGGUGCAUCCCAGCCUGCAGGAAAGUGGCAAGAAACUCGAAGAAAACAUUUACUAUUUUGGCACUACCGUGAGAGGCCUGCUCAGCAGGUUUGGCAAGACAAUCGUGGAAGAGCAGCUGGUCCUGAAGAGAGUGGCAGAUAUAGUUAUUAACCUAUAUGCAAUGACAGCAGCUAUUUCCAGAGCCAGCCGGUCCAUCAGCAUCGGUCUGAGAAACCAUGACCAUGAGGUGCUUCUCACCAACAUCUUCUGCACAGAAGCGUAUUUCAAGAAUAAUUACGCCAUGGCUCAAUUAGAAAAAUAUGCAGAUGAAAAUCUGGAUGACUACAUCAAGAAAGCUGCAAAGCACAUCCUGGAGAAGAGAGCCUACACGUGCUCCCACCCGCUGGACAGGACCUUCUAAUCCCAUCCUGACAGCAAAUGCUGCUGAGUGUGUAUCUGGGAGUCAUUUUCUGCAGUUCAGGCAUCUGACACCUUAGAAAUAACUAUUUAAUGAGUUUACCAAAUGGAACUGUGUCUAACAGUGUAAAAUACAACUUCUAAACACACCUUUAUAUAAAGAGGAUAAAUAAAGCAGCUUUAUUUAAAUCUGA